AUGGGUCGAUCGGCGGUUAUCGUGACAAUUGAAGAAGCGGACAAGCUAUCAAUCCUGAGCGAGACGGACAGCGGUGUCGUGUGCACUUCCACGUCCCGUCCAUCCAGCUACGUCGGCACACCAAAUCUCCAGGGAAUUUUGUUCCCCCCUUUACCUGCCACCGGUACGCCACUGUCUCUAUGCUGUGUUCAGUGCCGCCGAACCGUUUUCCUGGACGACGCCGGCCCUGCCCGCAACUUGCCAAGGUAUAGGGUUAUGGAAAAUGUCGUUGAUAAAUUCAAAGGCAGCGGUACGCACCUACCGCGAUGUCAGAUGUGCCCCGAAAAUCCUAAAAUCGCAGCCGUGUCUUGCGAACAAUGCGCUGUUUUAUAUUGCGACGAGUGCAGGGAAACUUGUCACCCGGCCAGGGGGCCUUUGGCGGGACAUACACUUGUGAGAGCAAGGGCACCGCCGUCUCCGGAGCCGUUUUGCCCGGAACACCAGGACGAGAGGCUAGGAUUUUACUGUUUGGCGUGCAAGGAACCUGCCUGCGCGAGCUGCCUGCAGACGGAGCGACACGCCAGUCAUGACGUGCAGGCGAUCACUGCAAUGUGCAAGGCGCAAAAGGUAAGUGACUCAUACUUGACUUCUACAUUUUGUUCUGGUGUUGUCAGACGGAAAAGUUUGGUAAAUACAUAA